UUGUAGUUUGUUUCAUUGGCAAGAUUGGCAAAAUGAGGGCUAAUAUCGUGGUACUGGCUUUUCUGAUUAUGGCGAUAUGUUGCGUUACCCAAGCAGCUCCAGGAUGUGUAAAACCACCACCCACAUCGUCAUCAACUACUACAACCACUACGAGUACUACAAGCACUACAAGUACAACUACACCUAGACCUUGUGCAAACACAACAUCAACUACUACAACUAGUACCAGUACUACAACUACUCCAAAAACGACUACAACAACUACUACACCUAGACCUUGUGACAACACCACUUCAAGCAGUUCUACGACUAGCACAACUUCAACUAGUUCUAGCACUAGUAGUACCAGUACUACAACUACUCCAAAAACGACUACAACAACAACUACUACACCUAGACCUUGUGACAACACCACUUCAAGUAGUUCUACGACUAGCACAACUUCAACUAGUUCUAGCACCAGUAGUACCAGUACUACAACUACUCCAAAAACGACCACUUCAACUACAACUACUCCAAUACCUGACACUAACACAACUUCAACUACAACAACCAGUUCGAGUACCAGUACUACAACUACUCCAAAAACGACGACUUCAACAACAACUACUACUCCUUGUGCAAAUACAACUUCAAGUUCAAGUACAACUUCAACUAGUUCAAGCACCAGUAGUACUAGUACUACAACUACUCCAAAACCCGAUACUAACACAACUUCCACUUCGACAACUAGUACCAGUACUACAACAACCCCAAAAACUACUACUUCAACGACAACUACUCCAAUACCUGAUACUAACACAACUUCCACUACGACAACUAGUUCAACCACCAGUACCAGUACAACUACUCCAAAAACAACAACUACUACUGCUCCUUGUGCAAAUACAACUUCAAGUUCAAGCACAAGUUCAACUACGUCAACUAGUUCAAGCACCAGUAGUACUAGUACUACAACUACUCCAAAACCUGAUACUAACACAACUUCCACAACGACAACUAGUACCAGCACUACAACAACUCCAAAAACGACUACUUCAACAACUACACCUAAACCUUGUGACAAUACCACAUCAAGCUCCUCUACGACAUCUAGCACAACUAGUUCAAGCACCAGUACUAGUACUACAACUACUCCAAAAACUACUUCUACUACAACAACUACACCUAAGCCUUGUGCUAACACCACAUCUAGCUCCUCGUCGACAUCUAGCACAACUUCCACUACGACAUCUACUUCAAGCACCAGUACUACAACUACUCCAAAAACGACAACUGUAAAAUCUUGUGCUAACACAACUAGUACGACUACAACUACGACUCCACAACAUUGUACAACUCCUACUACAACUACUACGACUACUACAACUACUACUAGUGCCCCUACUACAACUACAAAACGUUGUAUUCGUGUGUGGAACUAUGAUCUCAGUUUCUAGUAAAAAUCGGUGGUUUAAGAACUUGUAUAGUAAUUUAGAUGGUAUAGUUUUGUUAAACUUCUGUAUCUUUUUCUUUUCGUUUUGGGGGUUCAUUAAUAAAUGCUUUUUCUUUUAAUGUAGUAAGAUUUGUUAUUUUUUCUAUUUUUUGGCGACUAGUCCUUAGUCUCAUAUCAUCAUCAUAGUGUAUUAAUAUUAAUUAAAUAUGUUUUAGUACAAGGAACAGGGAAACUUUUGGUACAAGGAAAUUAAAGGUAUAUUUUCUUAUUGAAAUAAAUUAUUAUUUUCAUAA